AUGAAUGGAAAACGCUCACUCUCUGCCGGUACAAGUAGUGGUGCUUCCUCCAGUGACGCCAACACCCAGAAGAAACCAAGAAUGUGCAGCAGAGAUCAUAAUAGUACUGACGGUAGUAGUGCCCAAGAUGAUUUCUCUGCUCAUCCUCUGAACGCGAUGCUGCGAGAUUUGAUCUUGGCUCCCAAGAAGAAAUGGGACGAACUCAAAGAACUGGUGACCAAGGACGGCUUGGAUCAAGAUGCAGCUUUUUUGCUGCAUGCCGUCCAAAUCUCCCAGGGGCGAGCCUUUGGCUUGGCAGCUCCUACAUUGUUGGACGACCCUCAGUUUGUCCAGCAAGUCCUCGAGACACAUACGAAACAUGCGGCAAAGCGGUAUUUUGACAUUGCUCCCAUUGCCUUGCGAUUGAGAAGUAACGAGACCUUCUGUGUGCACUCGUUGCUGCCCUUUAUUCUGCGGCAUCAAAAGGAUUUCGCAGUCAAGGAGCAACUCAAACUCUUGUUGGGUAACGACAACAAUAACAACGACAAGCCACUAUUACUAAAAGCAUUCCAAAUCAAUCAGCAAGAACCCGAUGACAAACUCUUACUACAAAGAAAUGCCACGCAUAUUUUCGCUAUCGCGUCCCAGCAAUCCAAGGAGGAUCUGGAAGUGGUCCAAGCGGCACUAGAGUACGGUGACUUAGCCGAUCUGUUACCCCUGGUUCCUUCCCAGCUCUUGGAACAAGUGGUGGAUGAGCAACAACUCGAAGACCUCGUGAGGGGAAAUCGGUCCGGUUUUUGGGACUAUAUGCCAGAGGAAUUGAUGACCAAACGGUUGGCAUUAAUUGCCAUGGAAGAUGACAAUUUUGAACCAUCGGAAUGGUUGGCGGACGAAGAUCGAAAAUGGCUUGUCGAUUUGGGCAUGGACGAAUUGGGAUGGGACGAAGAGGAAGUCGUUGAGUUAGUAUCGGAUCGAAUGAAAGCGCUUUUGCGGGUCCGAGAGGAUCCGGAUGUUUACUCGGAUUUGGAGGACGAGUACAAGGACGAUGUGGAAAUCGCCGAGGAAUGUGGCAAGCGACAGUUGGUAAGCCAGCAUGGCUCGGAACGCAUCCAACUCAUUUUUCAGUUACAGCAAGAUGCUUCUGUCUACACCAAUAAUGCAACCUUGGAGCAACAAGAGGACCGAGAUGUGGCCAUGGCUGCCAUGUGCAGCAGUGGUGGAUCUUUAGUGUCAAAGGCUGCCGUGCGCCGAAAUUCAAAGGUCUAUGCAAUCUUGUCAUCAUCUGCAUCCAACAAGCAGCUUGCAGAUUUGCAAUUGGACUCGAGCAUUGCCAUGGUUGCCAUUCGAGAAGAUAUCAACCUCGCCAAUCAACUACCAACAGCCUUGUGGAACACAAAAGACUUUGUCUUGAAAGCCAUCGGGUUCUCGUCAGGUUUGCUCCAAUAUGCUGCUGACGCCAUCAAAGACGACAAGGACAUUGUACUCGAGGCCGUCAAGACCCAGCUUUUUGCGCUCAAAUACGCGGGGCCAUCAGUACUGUCGGACCGUGAAUUUUACCUGGAAUCCUUGCCUCCUCGAGCAUUCCAAUAUCUUUCUGAAGAGCUCCGCGGGGACCCAGAUUUGGUCUUGAGGGCUGUGGAGAAAUGCUGGGAAUGGAUACUCCAGCAUGCUUCUCCAAAAUUGUGUGCAGACCCCGUGUUUAUGCGCCGCGCCAUUGCAAUUCGGCCCAUGGCAUUAAAGUUUGCUUCCAAAGAAAUCCAGGGAGAUCGAGACAUUGUUCUGACGGCCAUUCAGGGCACUGGUGACGACAGUAAGGAGGGCAACCCUGUUGUGUUUCAGGGGGCAUCCCAGGAGCUCAAGGCUGACCGAGAGGUGGCUCUACAGGCUUUGAAAGGAGGCAAGGUGGAGCAAACCAUGGGCCACGUCGACAAGUCGCUGUGGAGCCAAGACAAUUUUGUUCUGGACGUGUUACGGGUGUGGCCGUUACAGGAUUACCAGCUAGUCAUGGCUCGUGCAGGCCCGGGGACAGUGAAUGACCCAAACUUCAUGGCGCAAGCCGUGGAAAUUAGCUCCAAAUCUCCACAAUCGUUGGGUGUGUGGAAACGCUCUGCGGGGUCCGUUCUCAAAGCAAGAUUCUACAAGGCCGUCAAGGCACUCAAGAGCACAGAUAGGUUUCCUGAUGUGGAGGCUGUUCAGUGCCGAGCCAUGUCCAUGAUUCGGGUCGCGGCCGAAACCCUGUGGUGUGUCAAGCAUGUCACGGCAUCUCUCCCAGCCGAAGUCCAAACGCUGGUAUGGGAAUACUCAGCUGAGAGAUCCACGCAGCAGACCAAGUUUCAAAGAGCCGUAGCGUUGAAGUUUUGUGGUCCGAUCUUUGUUGUGUUUUCCAAGAAGCAGGUAAACUGGAAAGACUUCCAGCAAAAGGAAGUAUAA